AUGCGAACGGUAGCAUCACAGAUAACAUUACCGGAAUUUGUGUACCAACCCGAUACCCAAUUCAUAGACACCGGGAUAAACUACAAAAUACCCAAGAGUUACUUGACCAGCUGGUACCCUCCACAGGUUGAGACUCUCACAAGCUUUCCAGAUGGAGAUCGGAACUGUUACACAAUAAAUCAAGUGAGCCAGGGUGAAAAGUACCUGAUAAGAGCUUUCUUCACGUAUGGUAACUACGACGGUCAAGACAGUGCAAGCGAAGAUAGCCCGCUGCAGUUUGUCCUUGAUCUCGGCGUCAAUUACUGGGAAACGGUGAACGUCACCGAUCCAUCAUUUCUCCAUCAGGCCGAGAUCAUUACAGUUGCCCAGGACGAUUACGUCUCAGUUUGUCUGGUGAACACCGGGUUCGGAACUCCGUUCAUAUCUACGCUUGAGUUGAGGCUUAUUGACAGUGCGGAUGUUUACAAGGACGUAAACCAAUCCAGUUCCCUGGUACUCUACGGUUACGCCAGACGCAACCUUGGGGCAAGUCCUGUCUUAAUCAGGUACCCAGAUGACACCUAUGAUCGCGUUUGGUGGUCGUUGAACAACCUACCAUACUGGCUUCCUAUAAAUACUUCAGAGAUCAUCCAAACUAAUCCCCGGGAUGCCUUCCAGGUGCCGUCCGUCGUUAUGAGCAGUGCAGUCACUCCAUCAGACAAUACCAGCUUGCAAUUUUCUUUGGACUCGGGGAGUGGGUUUGUUCGUCCCAUGUACUAUGUCUACAUGCACUUCGCUGAUUUUGACUCCCUCUCCUUGAGCAAGACCAGAUCAAUCGAUGUGAUUGUGAAUAAGCAAGUUCUUCAGAGGAAUUUCAGGCCGUUUUACUUACUAUCAACUCACAUAGCCCUCACAAAUCAGCUUGGUAGUUCUACUGGGUAUAAUUUUAGCCUAAACAAGGUGGCUGAUUCCUUCCUUCCUCCAAUCCUCAAUGCGCUGGAGCUCUAUAUUAUUGUUUCCCUGCCGGAUUUGGCAUCCGAUCGAACAGAUGCGUCCAUUCAACUACAGCCAGAAAAAACAACAUGCAUAGAAGACCAACCCGUUCGACCAGAGAAUCGUGAAUUCACAUACCUAGAGUUGAAGACCAUCACCAAUAACUUCGAGCGGGUCCUCGGCAAGGGUGGGUUCAGGACCGUUUACUAUGGCCGCUUGCGAGACAGCACCGAAGUUGCAGUGAAGUUGCUGGGUGGUGCAUCGACACAAGAGAGUACGUUCAUUGAGCCUCAAACUGAGGAAAGUUAUUCCAAGGUGCAAAGAAUCAAGGAGUUCCAGGCCGAGGCCCUGCUCUUAUCAAGGGUUCAUCACAGAAAUUUGGUGUCUUUGGUUGGCUACUGUAACGAUAAUAAAUAUCUCGGCCUUGUGUAUGAGUUUGUGGCCCAAGGAAGUCUUAAAGACCAUCUUACAUGUAUGGAGAUGAGGCCUGGAACCCUCCAUUCCCUUAGAGAGCGGCUUCGAAUUGCAGUUGAUGCUGCACUAGGGCUGGAGUAUUUGCAUAAAGGAUGCACCCCACCUAUUAUCCAUGGAGAUGUGAAGACUCGCAACAUCCUCUUAUCACAAAAUUUGAUGGCCAAGAUAGCAGAUUUUGGGUUGUCAAAGGCUUUCCUUACUGAUGAUCACACUCAUGUGUCUACCGAGGUUGUCGUGGGCACUCCAGGAUACAUGGAUCCCGAGUAUCAUGAUACCUUCCAGCUAAACGAGAAGAGCGAUGUAUACAGCUUCGGGGUUGUUCUCUUGGAGCUGAUAACAGGCCUACGGGCUAUACUUAAAACCCCUGAUAGAUGUCACAUAGUCCAAUGGGUACGGCAGCGGCUUGUCAGAGGGAAAAUCACUGAUGUUGUUGAUGCAGGGCUGAAAGGGAAGUACGACACCAACUCUGUUUGGAAUGUGACAGAUAUAGCAAAGAGGUGCACCAUGCCAAUGGAGUCGACGCCAACGAUGUCCCAAGUGGUGAUACAGUUAAAGGAGAGCUUGCAACUCGAGGUCGGCCAUGAACGAGCUCAAAAUAUCUAUGUAGAAGCCCUGGAUGUGGAUCAGACUGAUUCAACGGAACUGGCACGCAUUGACAUGAAUCCUACUAUGAGUGGUCCAACACUGAAUGAGAAGAGUGAUGUAUACAGCUUCAGGGUUGUUCUCUUAGAGUUGAUAACAGGCCUACCGGCUGUGGUUAAAAUCCCUGAAAGGGGUCACAUAGCCCAAUGGGUGCGGCAGCGGCUCGCCAGAGGGGACAUCACUGAUGUUGUUAGUGCAGGGCUUAAAGGGGAGUAUGACACCAAUUCUGUUUGGAAUGUGGUAGAUACAACAAUGAAGUGCACCAUGCCAACGGCUAGUCAGAGGCCAGCAAUGUCUGAAGUGGUGUCACAGUUGAAGGAGAGCUUGCAACUUGAGCUCAGCCAUGAAAGAGCCGAGAAUAUCUAUGAAAGAGCUCAGAAUAUCUAUGUAGAAGCCCUUGAGCUGGAUCAGAUAGAUUUAUUUGGAAUGGCACACACUGACGCAAAAAUUACUGAGAGUGGUCCAACAGCAAGAUAA